AUGGACCCUUUGUGGGCUUCGUUUCAUGAGAAAGUCUUCGACAUUCAAGAUGCUGCUCAAAUCCUCUCUCAGGCGGCCUCAAAAGGCGAGUUUGCGGAUGCUGUCACGAAGGCGGAUCGAUCGAUUACAAAAUCCCUGGUACCUCCACGAGCCUCAUCCGAGUCGCUUCGGGCUCGAACGUCAAUUUUGGAGAGUUCAGACUCCCUUCAAAAUAUGCUUCGUGACCCUCGUGGCUUACUCGAACAUCUAAUGUUCCAGGUUCAGCUGCUUGCAUCCCUGCAAUGGCUCAGCAGCUUUCAAGUGCUUGCCUGUAUUCCCAUAGAGCAGCCAACAACCUUCGAAGAUGUAGCUGAGCUGGCCAGCGUGCCAAGCAGUCAACUCAUCCGUGUCACACGCAUCGCAGCUAUGGCUGGGUUUCUGCGCGAACCAAGAUCAGGUCAUGUUGUACACAGUGCAUUGUCAGCGCAAUUCGUGCUCGAGCCAUUCUCACUGGAUGCACUAUUGUUCAUCUCUGACGUCGCCAAUCCGACCUCAAUGCAUAUGACAAGAGCCACCAGGACAUAUGGAGAGACUCAGAAGCUAGAACAAACACCUUAUCAGCUUGUUUUCCACACUACACCUGAUUCUGUGGUUGACACGAAGAUUCGCCGUCAGCAUGCCGCUUUCGAUCGCCUGAGUGCAUAUAACUAUGUCAACGACUUGCCAUCGAUGUAUGAUUGGCAAAGUCUAGAUGCAGGAACGGUGGUAGAGGUCUGCGCUCGAUCUGUAGACACAAUCACAGCUCUACCCCAGUUAUCAGAGAAGCUCGAAUUCAUCGUUCAGACGAACGAUAGUAAGAUGUACGACCACAUGACGCUCCUCUCUCGCUCUGGUCAAAAAUAUCGGUCGUCAUCCGCUCCUCUGAAUAAUACCACUUUACCGACUACUCAAGGAUAUGAUAACCCACUGGCGCCCGUGAAAGUUCAGUAUCGCACUGAUGGUGGGCCACAAACAGUUCAAGGAGCAGCAGUCUACCUCUACUACGUUCCUCCACCAUCUACAACCAGAAAGAUCGAACAAGUGCUUGCUGAGCUCGAUGCUGAACUCCGAGCACAUUACGCGGUGCUUCAGAGCCGCCCCAAUUCAACCAUGCUUGUGGUGAUGCAUCUGCUUCCCGAUCCAGGCGCACUCAGUGGACAGGUGGAAGCGAAUCUUCGUACGCUUGACAUGUUGCUCCAUCAACUCACCAAUCAGAGAUUGUUGGAAAAGCGGGACGUACUGAAUGUUCUGGGCAAGAUACGUGACAGUACUGGUCGUCUUGUUCUGAUCAAGACGUCUGUCGAUCGUCAUUGGCCAGUCACAGUCUUGGAGAUCAAAGCUGAAGUGUACCAAACAUCUUCGUUGUGA